AUGGAAGUCUGUGCAUGGGCGGCCAAACCCGACAAUAACACCCUAAUUCUGGCCAACCAGCAAGAACCUCGGCAUCCACGUCAGCCCGCAACAGAGACAGAGAAAAGGGACGAAACCGGAAUUGGUGGCAAGAACUUACCAGCACAACCGAACAGAGAAAGAGAUCAACAGCAACAACAACAACAACAACAGCAACAAGCUACUACAAGUCAAACCAUGUAUGUUGGCACAAGAACAUCCAUCUUGUUGCACACAGUGAAGGUCAACAUAUACAAGCCCGGAAUGCAGGAAAACAGAGUAAAUGCUCGACUUAUACUGGAUAGUGGGAGCCAACGUUCUUUCGUGACAACCAGAGUGAAGAAUCAAUUAAAGCUUGAUGCAGAAGGGACAGAAAACCUCAUGAUUAAGACAUUCGGAGGCGAAGCAGAGGAACUACAAACAUGUGAAUUUCUGCACUUCAACAUUGAGACAGAAUCUACUUAUCCCGAUCUUUCACUUACAGCAUUUGUAGUACCCACGAUUUGUCAACCCCUCAGACACCAAGCAACCCAAACGGCACAGGCAGUGGCGUAA